GAUUCCCUCCGGCCGAGCGGCGGGGGGCGGGGGGCGGGCUGGCGGGGGUCCCCGAGAGAGAGCCCCUUUCCCUCCGGAGCUCCAGGCGGGCGGGGCGAGGGAAGGCCGGGCGCCGCCAAACUCAGAGACGGGUCACGUUCAGCUUCAUGAGACGCCCCUGAGUUGUCACAUGAUGUGAGAGAGAAAAUCCUUUCUCCGUCGUUUUCUUCGCUCCCUCCUCGCUUCUGCCCCGUCUGUUCUCCCUCAUUUCUAAACCGAAAAGUCCCAGCAUGUUUUGAGCCCGCAUCGCAGGAGAUGCGCUUCAGCCCCUCGAUCCUUUCAGCUUCCCUUUCCGCACUUUUAAAGCCCGCUCUUCCCCCGCGGCUUCCCCGCCCCGCCCCCCUCGCCCCUUGAGAGUCCUGGAAGGGGGUCUGCCGCUGGUUUUUAACCCCAGUCCAACUAGUUCAUGUUGUAAGACCUGGUUCCCUCAUACCGGCAGGGCUGUAAUUUACAAGGAUGCAACUAUGGACAUAGGUUCUGGAAGCGGGUUGUCAUGGUUGGCAAACAAGUUAUUCAUUUUUUGAUGGAGCCGAUGCUGAACUUCUCAACAAUUAAUUCUGUUCAUCUAGUGAUCUCUCAUGGGUGGAAGGUUGCAUCUUGUUAUUCUGUGGAUUCUAUGGUUUUAAACAGUCAUUCAGCCAUUUCUGAAAAACUGACUCACAAAAUACAUGCUGACCCCUCCGACUUGCUUCUGCUUGGGGGCAGUUACUGAUUUAUAUGACCAAACAAUCUCAUUUUUGGCACAUUCCCACUAAAUUUGAGUCCGACAACUUUCCUGAUUAUUUGAUAUGUUUGGUAUAAAUAUGAAUUUUGUAUUCCAUUAUAGAAUAUAUUUUACAUCACUCAAACUUUUAUAUGCUUUCUAUGAUUGUAAUUCUUCCUGCUCAUGUGACUUCUUUGAUUAUUACUUUUAGCUUGCUGAAUAAAAAGAAAACAGCAGCUGAGUACUCUGCUGUAGUUUCCUGGUACUCCCUUUCAGUACAGUGGUACCUCGCAAGAUGAAUGCCUCUCAAGACGAAAAACUCGCAAGACGAAAGAGUUUUUGGUUUUUUGAGUUGCUUCGCGAGAUGAAUUUCCCUAUGGGCUUGCUUCGCAAGACGGAAACUUCUUGCAAGUUAGUUUCCUUUUUCUUAAAACCGUUACAGUAAUACAGGGUGCAUUGCUUGAAGAGGUGCAGUUGCGACUUGACUUCGGGGAGCAACUCAUAGCACGUGGUGUGGUAGCCUUUUUUGAGGUUUUUGAAGAUUUUUUUGAAAAAAUUGAAACCGUGCUUCGCAAGACGAAAAAACUCACAGAACGAAUUAAUUUCGUCUUGCGAGGCACCACUGUCCUUUUUUUUUUUAAAUAUUUUAUUAAGGAUUUUCUUGUUUUACAGAAGUGUAGUGCCUCGUAUUUUUUUUUCCAUGUAACAUUUUUACAAAUCCGUUUCAUUUGUUGAGGCAUUAGGGGGAGAAGAAAAAGAAAGAAAGAAAAAGAAAGGGGGGUGGAGAGAGGGAAGAUGGAUGGGGGUGGGGUCGGGUGGCGGUGUUUCUAUUAUGUUUAAUGUAUGUAGAGUUUGGUGUCAGCGUUGCUUGUGUUGGUAGAGGGUGGAUGAAACCCUUAUUCUUCCUGCAGUAAUGUCACCUCCUCUAACCAGUACUUGGCAUAUCAGGAAACUUUAUCUGAAAGUCUGAAGACUUGUUAAUCCAGAAGAGGUGCCUGAGGAAUUAAGGGGGGGGUGUUUUCCCCACUAAUUAUUUGGGGAAAUGAAAAGUAUGCACAUUAGAGCUGUGGGAGUAAAUGGGAAAACCAGGAUUAAGUAUGACCUUUGUAAAUGGAAUUACUGAGUAGUAAUCAGUUGCACAGGGUGAUGUAUACCCUGGGGCUUGACCCUGAUGUUGUAAGCAGAGGCUAUGAUGUGGAAACAUAGGGAAUCUGGUGGUUUGUGUUUUUGGAAAUAAUACCUGAGACUCCCAAGGAGGAAAAAGUAAUUGCCAAGCAGAUAAGUGAGGCAUUCAGAGAGUGCUUAAGGCACAAAGAAGUGACCCUCCAAAGGCAAGGAAGGUAUUUACUGUGGACUUCCUUGUUUUUGCAUUUGACAAUUCUGGUUUCAAAACUUUGAAGCCUCACGCAUGUCAGGCACUCCAAUGCUCAUACACUUACAAAACAAUUCCUCUACCUUUCAUUCAUUUGUUCACACACCCCCCCCCCCCUGGUUUUCCCUGACAGGGACUCAAGUAGUGAUGUUAAAUUCUCGAGAAUAAUUUUGAUUAAUGAGAAUAUUAUCGAAUCUUCAUUUAAAAUAUAAUUCACCAUUCUAAGGUGAUGGCACCAGUAAUUGUCAUGUUAAGGUUUGUUAUAAGGAAACUCAGUAGUUAAAUCAUAUUUUAUUCUUCAAUUAGAACAUGUACAUAUAUGAUAAUAUAUUUCAAUAUGUCAAUCUCUGGUAAAUAGCACCUUGUACCAUUGAAUGGCACUGCAAAAACCAGUUACUGGCACUAAAUAAAAAUCUAGAAACAUCAACUGUUUAUAUCAAGGCCACCUCACAUGUUGUUACACAUAAUUGUAUAGGCCUAGGUACUUUAAGUGUACAGUGGUACCUCUGGUUAUGAACUUAAUUCGUUCCGGAGGUCCGUUCUUAACCUGAAACCGUUCUUAACCUGAGGUACCAUUUUAGCUAAUGGGGUCUCCUGCUACCGCCGCUCCACCAGCACGCAAUUUCUGUUCUCAUCCUGGGGCAAAGUUCUUAACCCAAGGUACUACUUCUGAGUUUGCAGGGUUUGUGUUUGUAACCCGAGGUGUUUGUGACCAUUUUUUGCUCUUCAAAAUAUGGCAACCCUAAUUUGCCCCCACCUAAAAGAAAUCCUGGCUACACCCAUGGCAGGUGGUCAUAGCAACAGUGCCAGUUUGUUGAUAUAAUCAAGGAACAAUUACCAUGUACUAAGAAACUUAUCCUUCUUACCCAGCCCAUUUAUCAUCAUGCUGCUGUGUUGAUUCAAACCUGCAAUUUCCCAUAUCUGGGUAAAACCAAGAUCGUGAAGUGAGGGCUUCCCCCCAUUUUCUACCUGGCAGCUAUUUUCAUUCUGGCAGUGGCUGUCAAAAAAGAGACCAUGGAAUAUUGGGGUUAAGAUCCCCCCAAAGAACCAAAACUUUGAGCCAUGGAUCCAUGUUUAUAACCAAUUACGAUGGAGAUUUCAGGAUUUAUUUAUUUAUUUAUUUAGCUAGCUAGCCAAAAUGGUGCACAAGUGUUUUUGCACCAUUUGUUCCCCACCGGGAUGGGGCUUUACAAACCAUUGAAACAAUGGAGAGACAAGGAAGCAGUCAUUUUUGUUUCCUCUUCUUGGCAGGCCUAUUCACACAACAUGUGCAUGGUUGGUCCUUAAUGCAGGGGCCGGGAAGCUGUGACCCUCCAGACGUUGGAAGCCAGCUCCCAUCAUCAGCCCCAGGCAGCAGGGAUGAGGGAAGCUGGAAGCCAACAACAGCUCACAACAACUACUGCGGUUUUGUUCCCACAAUGCUCGUCACUAGACACUGUAAUAUUAGAGGAUGAAUUGCUUGUGUGGAUCAGCUGUCUUGGGUUUAAGUUCAUAUAUGAGACAUGCUAAAACAAAGGAAAGACUGUAAUUCUGUGAGCAGGGUCUGCAUUGUUUUAGAAAAUGUUAGAGAGAAAACAUUAGACUGUUUUAUUAUGAUUAAUUCUUUGUUGAUCUUCUGUUUUCUUUCAGUUUCCUUUUAAUUUAAAAUGUAUUGCCUCUCGUAACACUUUUUAGGGAGUUACUGAAUUAAGAUAUCUAUCUAUCUCUCUAUCUACAAGCAACAUUUAAAAUUGCCAAUUAUGGAGAUCACAAGUGAAAUUUGUUGUAUCUCUUUUUAAAGUUGUAAAUAACAACUUCAGCUCUGACCCGUGAGAGGGCUAAAACCAGUAUUAUUGCCAGGGACAGUCUCACUCAUUACAUCCAAAGACUUGUUGGUCGAAAGGUAAAUAAACUGGAUUUCGCCGCUCACGUUUUUUCAUUUCUCUUAGUUUUCCCUUGGGUUUUCUAGUCAUCAGGUGUAUCUGAUUUUCUUGAUUCUCUUUAAAAUCUUCUUCUUGGUAUUUUUAUGAGUUUUCAAUUUAAAUUUGGCUAAGCUUUCUUUUGGGGGCUUUCUCAAUGUCCAUCAUCUGCCCCCAAUUUACUCUCCCUGUUUUAUUAUGAUUCUUUGUUGGUCUUCUAUUUUCUUUCCGUUUCCUUUUAAUUUAAAAUGUAUUGCCUCUCCUAAUACAUUUUAGGGAGUUACUGAAGUAAGAUAUCUAUCUAUCUAUCUAUCUAUCUAUCUAUCUAUCUAUCUACUAUCUACUAUCUAUCUAUCUAUCUAUCUGUAUAUCUAAAAGUAACAUUUAAAAUUGCCAAUUAUGGAGAUUACAAGUGAAAAUUUGUUGUAUCUCUUUUUAAAGUUGUAAAUAGCAACUUCAGCUCUGACCAGUGAGAGGGCUAAAAACCAGUAUUAUUGCCAGGGACAGUCUCACUCACUAGAAUCUGGCUCGCUCCUUCCACCACCUGUUGGUCACAUAAAGGCCACAUAAAAAAGUCCCUUGGCGCAUUAAAACAGUGGAUACAAAUGGGUUUGUUUUCAACAUAGGAUCAUUGUGCAUGGGUGAGAAAGUAGUACCGGCCCCACUCCCUAAUAACAGGGUUGCUGGGAGGGGGCAGUAAGCCCUGCCCUACAUAUUCACAUGACAUGGCACACAAUUAAAUGGCAAUGCCCAUGGACUUGGGGUGGGUGUUUCCCGGCCUCCUCAAAUAUUUUUUUUUGGGGGGGGGGGCUUAAGGGGAGUUAACUUCUAAGCCAGGGUAUGUAUCAUUCCUGGAUCGAUGUCUUUGCUUGCUUGGCUAUGUGUAGCACCUGCUGUGCCUUUUAAUGGCAUUUUGCCCCUGUAUCACACUGAUCUGAGCAUUAAAGAUUUUGGUAGACAUUGCAGCCUGAGUUUGAUUUCUUCUUUGAGUGGGAGCCAGGAAACUCUCCUCCACAGUGUGCCUUUUUGGAGGUUCUCCCUAUGGGAGGGCCCCCAAGGGCCCCCAAAUGGAUAGCCUAUCGCUUUAAGAAAAUGCUAAGAAACUGUUUUAUCUAUCUAUCUAUCUAUCUAUCAUCUAUCAUCUAUCUAUCUAUCUGUCUAUCUACAAGCAACAUUUAAAAUUGCCAGUUAUGGAGAUCACAAAUGAAAAUUUGUUUUAUCUCUUUUUAAAGUUGUAAAUAACAACUUCAGCUCUGACCAGUGAGAGGGCUAAAACCACUAUUAUUGCCAGGGACAGUCAGCAGCGGAGGAAGCCGCUCGGGCGCCUGGUGUGCGAGCUGACAAUAGGGGAGAAAACAUUAGGCACUUUAUAAUUAAUAUAAAAACCCUCUCCAUAAUUUCGUUUCUCUGCAUUUACCUGUUGAAUGUGCAAACUGACUCCAUUGAGGGAAAACAAUAUUGCAUUUGAAGCGUGGUAAAAGUCCCUUCUGUGGUGUCCAUUCACCGGUGAAACGUAUUGCUGGGCGUUGCAGUGAUCUGGUGAUGAAUAUUUGUGUGUCUACCAGUCCUUAAAGCAAACUACAAAACUAAAUACUUGUGUCUGCACUAGUCAUUUCUGAAAUGGUCUUCAAGGAUUGCCCCACUUACAGCGCAUGGCAGUAAUCCCACUCUGGAGGUUACCAGAGCAUGGAUAACGGGGGCAAGACUGUCCUGGUUCAGGAACAGCAAUGGCUGGCAAGAAGCACUCUUGGGUCUUUUUACACAAGCACAAACCCAGGUUGCAGCACGUGUGCCUUCAAGAGGGAGCUGCAAGCAGCUUUAUGAUGAGUGUAAGGUAAAGGUAAAGGGACCCCUGACCAUUAGGUCCAGUCGUGUCCGACUCUGGGGUUGCGGUGCUCAUCUCGCUUUAUUGGCUGAGGGAGCCGGCGUACAGCUUCCGGGUCAUGUGGCCAGCAUGACUAAGCCGCUUGUGGCGAACCAGCGCAUGGAAACGCCGUUUACCUUCCCGCCGGAGCGGUACCUGUUGAUCUACUUGCACUUUGACGUCCUUUCGAACUGCUAGGUUGGCAGGAGCAGGGACCGAGCAACGGGAGCUCACCCCGUCACUGGGAUUCGAACUGCUGACCUUCUGAUCAGCAAGUCCUAGGCUCUGUGGUUUAACCCACAGCACCACCCACGUCCCUAUGCUGAGUGUACCUUACGACAAAUGUCAAACAGAAAUUCAACAGGUGAAGCUUUCACCAGAAUGCAAAGGUGGUGACAGAGUUGGGAAAAUUUUGCUUGCCGUUUAAAAGUAGGAGCCUGCCAGAAAGAAAGAAAAAAGGCAAAUCUUCCUAUAUAAAUGGGACUUCAAGACCACGGCAUCCAUUUUGGCUCCUCUGCCACUUGGCCCCCUCCUCUUCCUCACUGCCAGCUAUUAGCUGCUUUCCCCCUGGUGGCAAGAGAGACAGAGAGACGCAGCAAGGGGGAUGGGGAACCUGUGUCUCUCCAGAUGCUGCAAGGACUACAACUCCCAUUAGCCCUGACCCUCGGCCAUGCUGGAUGGGGCUGAAGGGAACUGGAGUCCAGCAACACCUGGAGAAACACUAUGAUUAAGAUUUUGCUGGUGUUUGUGUAAUUGAUCAAUAUGGUAAACCGGCUCAAAUAUAUUUAAUCAGUUAACACAUGCAGACUAUAAAGUAAAGUACAAUGGAUAAUUUAUUAGUGCAUCAGAUUCUAUGUACUUUGUAUUAUAUCAAGGCAGUCCCAGGCUUGGCUGCUUCUCAGCACCCAAGAUUUAUCAAUGUCCAGUAGUAUGUCCAGAACACAAAGCAACAUCUUGUCUCUAAGGAUGGCAUGUUCAGCGCCUCCUCUGACAUCAGUAGCCCAUGGGCAAGUCCAGAGUCCAGCCAAGACUAUGGGGAAGCUUCCUGUUGCAACCAUCUGUAAAGCCACAGGAGGCCCUAACAGGUCCAUAGUUUCCACCACCAAGCAGAGAUGCUCCAGGAAGGAGCUGACGGACACACGCAGAAUCCAGGCUUCAUCUGCUCUCCAUCGACUGCAAAAAAAUAAUAUAUAUAUAUUUUGUAUAGAAUGAAACAUAAAACGUCAACACUACACUUAACAGUCCAAUGAACAUGCCACUCCUGCCAAUUCAGUGGUACCUUGGGUUACAUACGCUUCAGGUUACAUACACUUCAGGUUACAGACUCCGCUAACCCAGAAAUAGUGCUUCAGGUUAAGAACUUUGUUUCAGGAUAAGAAAAGAAAUCGGGCUCCGGCGGCGCAGCAGCAGGAGGCCCCAUUAGCUAAAGUGGUGCUUCAGGUUAAGAACAGUUUCAGGUUAAGAACAAACCUCCGGAACAAUUUAAGUACUUAACCUGAGGUACCACUGUAUCCUCAUUCUAUUCCAGUCCUUGAGCUUCCCUUUUACUCUUGGCAGACACUGGGUACCUGGUCCAAUACAUUUUGAGACCAGAAAAUAUACUGUCUCAAUUAAUUUAUUCUUAUCAAAGCACCAACUGAAUGCAAAGGACUCAACAGAGAGGAAGGGAGGAAUUAUUCUUAUUAUCUAUAAAAUAAUAUUUAUUAAUAGUUUCAGAAUUACAGAAAAAAAAUAAAAAAUAAAAAAACACUACAAUACAUAGAAAAGAAGAAAAAAAGCAAAACAUAAAAACCAAUACAACAAUACAGCAAAAAGAUAAAAAAAGAAGAAAAAAGACACAAAUCCCAUAUUACAUAUCUCUAACUUCCAUUUGCUUGUUUCAUUGACCUCCUCACACCUCCCUUUUUGUAUUCUAGUUUAAUUAGUUAUUUCAGCAAAUUCUUUCCAUCUUUCUCAAUUUUUAUUAAAUGAUUUAUCUUAACAAUUUAACCUAUUACUUAACAAAUCCUUUCCAUCUUUUCCCCAUAUUCUGUUAUUCAAAUUACCUUAAUUUAUUUAACCUUAUCUUACCGUAAAAUACCUUAGAGCUUGAAACUCAAUUAUACAUAACUCCUGAUAUCAUUUCUACUAGAGCCAUAUAGUUUCAUUCCAACAUUUUCCCUAAUAUUCAUUAAUUUUAGGCUAAUUCCCUAAAUAAAAAUUUUUCUUUAUAAAUUUUCUUCCAAUCUUCAUCCAACGUCUCUUCUUCCUGGUCUCGGGUCAUGUCAGUCCUUACUGUCCAUUCCAUCUAGUCCAUCAACCUGGUAGUCUUAUGUCCGAGGCCCUUAAGUCUCUUCCAUGUCCCUUCUGCAGAUCUUCUUCUUCUUGUUUAUACCUGCACUUUUCCUUGUCUUUUGUUGGUCUCUUUCUUAAUUUCUUUCCUUUCUCAUUGAGGAGUAGGUCUCUGGGAGGUUCCAACCCAAAAUUAUCUCCGUCUCCCUUCAUCAAACCAGCCCAUUCCCCACAGUCCCACUCCCCACAGUCAUCAAUGUAAUCCAAAAAAUAUUUAAGAGCAUAUUUCAAAGUCUCUCCAAAGUUAAGAACCUCCUCAGCUCCAGACUCCCCCUGGCCCACUCCAACUUCAAUCUUCAAAGACAGCGGCUUAUGCUCCUGUAGGGCCUCGGGUCUCUCCAUUUGUAUUAUUUGAGGUGCAACCGCAACCUCCUCCAUUAUCUUCUGCACUUGCCCAAUCAAUACAGGUUCCUGAUUUGGUCCCUGAAUGGUUUAUGUAUCAAUAUUCCCUGUUUGUCCACAGUUAUUGACCACAACAGUCAUCAAAUCCAUUUUCUCAUUCAUCAAAUCCACCUUCUCAUGCAUCUGUUCCAACAAAGCACUUGUCUUGCAUAAAGCAAGCACCAAAACUUCCUCCCAGCUCAUAUUUAGUCAAGGUCAAAAGGACUGGUCCCACGAUCUUAAUCUCACAGCUGUAGAGUCCUCAAGUAUACUGCAGCAACAAUUUAGCAAGCUCCCUCUAGAGGAGACAAUUUCUAUUUGUAUCCAUCUUUUUAAGGCAAGUCCAACAAAGGAAAAUUACUUUCAUUUUUCAGAUAUUUUGUUUCUUUAGAAUGCAAAAGGCAACAUUGGAAUCAGUUUAUUUCUCUUCUUUAGCUAUCUGUCAAAGUAUUCCAUUCACAGUCAAUGAACCUCUCCAACAAUUUCUGUCUCUGACACCCCGUUCCCAGGUUAGAGACGGUGGAAACUUAUCUUUCUUCACUCCCUCUCCUGCAGGCAUUAAACAAAGUCCCCCCCCCCUUUUCUCCUGCUUCCAAGGGGGUUUCAGUAGUUAUAAAUGAAGGAAAUUUAGACUUUUUUAACGACUUUCCAGGCUUUAGCUUACAAGGUUUUUGCUUCAGUCUAUGUACAAAAAGCGGAAGGCGGACUUCCUGUUUUGAACCUUCCCGCUUCGGUGCCAAAUUAAGAUAUUUCUUGAUCCAAUUUUCCGUUUCUACUCACGGGUACUUGUUUUAAAUCCAAUUGUCCACAGGAAAAAGUCAGCGCUCUCCGGCAAUGGCUAUGCGGCUUCACUCCGUGAAAGUAGCAAUCAGUUAGCAGCACUGCGCCGCUUACCCCACUUCACUCCGGAACCCCGAAAUGGGGUUCCCCGUGAGUAGGGGGGGCGCUCCUGGUGCCCUGCCAAACCCCACGUUCCCAGGCUUCCUCCGCCUGGGAUUUCUAGCGGGUCCCCACCUUCGCCGCGGCGGGAAGACCCAGUUUCCACGGAGCCAGUUCCUCCGGUCGGAGGAACUCCGCCAUUCGCUGAUGGCGCUAACCCGGAAGUCCGAAUUAUUCUUAUUAUCCUCCUCCUCCUCUAUAUAGUAUCAUCAGCAUGUGUAGCACUUUGCAGAAAAUACGAGGGGAGAGAUCUCUGCCCUGACGGGCUUACAGUGCUCAGGUUUAGUUAGAGGCCUGGCUGCUGCAGUGUCCCUGCUCCAAGGGCUUCAUGGGAAAGGUGAUGGGAGGGAGGGCUUGAAGGAAAUGAGGAGGAUGCACAGGAGUUCUGAGAAGUACCAGGCAUAUGGGGCCCCAGGGAGGAAAAGGCAGAGUUGUUUCGGGGAACAGGAGACGUCUAGAGGUUGAAGAGCGAAGAUCACAGGCAGAGAUGUCUCGGGAUACAAGAAUGCUGUCCUAAGGAUGGGAGAGCAUGGCCACAGAGGGCUCUGAAGGCAAGAGCAAGGCGUUUGUGAUACAUCCGAGGGAUGAGCAUCGUGUUAUCGGAGUGGUGAGAGAGAUGAAUGAUUUUGGCAGCUAAGUCAGCAAGGGGAGACAACAGAAGGUCAGGGUGCAGAAAGGGCCCAACUCAGUAGGAGAGCAGCCACUUUGCAUGCAGAUGGUCAAUCCCUGGUAUGUCUGGGAGCUACGCCUGUCUGGCCACCUGAAAAACUGCAGAUGGUGCUAAAUGGAUGGUAGGCAGAUUCCUACGUCGCCAGGAAGUUGUCCUGUGUGCAGAAGCACACGGAUCAAAACACACAUCUUGCUCAGCACCCCACUUUAUUUUACUUGCACCCCACUCUUCCUCCAGGUAAAGGUAAAGGUACCCCUGCCGGUACGGGCCAGUCUUGACAGACUCUAGGGUUGUGCGCUCAUCUCACUCUAGAGGCCGGGAGCCAGCGCUGUCCGAAGACACUUCCGGGUCAUGUGGCCAGCAUGACAAGCUGCAUCUGGCAAGCCAGCGCAGCACACGGAAACGCCAUUUACCUUCCUGCUGGUAAGCGGUCCCUAUUUAUCUACUUGCACCCGGGGGUGCUUUCGAACUGCUAGGUUGGCAGGCGCUGGGACCGAGCAACGGGAGCGCACCCCGCCGCGGGGAUUCGAACCGCCGACCAUGCGAUCGGCAAGUCCUAGUCGCUGAGGUUUUACCCACAGCGCCACCCGCGUCCCACUCUUCCUCCAAGUUAUGCGCAAAACAACCCUGCACGAAUAAGGUCACACCAAAAUAGAAAAAAUAGGCUAUUACAUAUAGCUGAAAUACACACAAAUUCAAAUGUUCAUCUAAUUAAAUGAAAAAAUUGUUUUCUGUAAUUCACAUUUCAGAACUGCCAGUGGUAAAUGACACAAUGUCCAGUAAUGUAACUGGAUCAAAAAAAUCAUGAUUCAUUACUUACACUGGCAAUAUCACAGUUUGACUUUUUAUUUUUUAGAUUUUUUAAAAUGGGGGUUGUAAAACUGGUUCUUACAAAGGAAUUUACAGUUUGUGGAGAAUAUUCUCCGGAGAAUUUUCUAGCAGAGAAUAUUCUCGAGAAAAUUUUCAUUCUCGAGAAUAUUCUCCGGAGAAUAGUCUCACCUCACAUCACUAGACUCAAGGCGGCUUACACAUUCCUUUCAGGAGUUUAGUUGUCAGAUUUCCGCAAGAGUCUAGCCACUGGGGAGCAGAAGGCUAGGCCCCCAUUUCCCAGCCUUCUUAUUGAUUUGCUGCCAAAACAUAGUCCCAUACUAGUGUUCCAUGCCAGCCCAAGCUCCACAAGUGGUGCAAGAUUCCAGGGGUUGCAGGUGUGCUUCCCAGGGUCUGCGUUCCCUUUUGGGACAGUGAGGCACAGCAGAGACUGUAGUGCCUUUGUGAUACAUGGCUUUACAGUGGUACCCUGGUUCCCAAACACCAAAAACCCGGAAGUAAGUUGUUCCAGUUUUCCAACAUUUUUUGGAAGCUGAAUAUCCAAUGUGACUGUCAGCUAUUGUUUCUGGGGCGCCUGCACCAGUCAGAAGCUGUGCCUUGGUUUUCGAACAUUUCAGAAGUCAAAUGGACUUCCAGAACAGAUUAAGUUUGGCACUUUGUUUUUGCUAUUUAUUUUGCAUUUUUGUUUCUGAGGCUUUUUCCGUUAAUUUGUUUUUGUGAUUGUGGGGAACCCAGUUCAGCUACUGAUUGAUUGAUUGUGUGACUGCAGAAAUGGAUAAAAGCCCCCCAUGCAAACAAUGACUAUCAUCAGUGCAGGUAAGGAAAAAUAAUAAUUUUAAUCUCUAUCAUCUAUAAUACUGUCUUAUUUGUUUUAUAGUACAGUACAUUCAUUGAUUAUUGCUUUCAUUUUAUGGAUCAAUGGCCUUGUUAGAUAGUAAAAUUCAUGUUUAAUUGCUGUUUUAGGGGUUGUUUUUAAAAGCCUGGAACUGAUUAAUCCAUUUUGCAUUACUUUCUGUGGGAAAGGGCACCCUGGUUUUGGAACAUUUUGGUUUUGGAAGGGACUUCCGGAAUGGGUUAAGUUUGAGAACCAAGGUACCACUGUAUUUACACAUAAAUACAACCUGCACCGAGAUGGAGGGAUUGCAGAACAUUAAUAAUAAUAAUUUAUUAUUUAUACCCCGCCCAUCUGGCUGGGCUUCCCCACCUCUGAGGGUCUGGGUUCCCCCUUAAGGGGGGGAUGCAAAGGACAGCAAAAAGCCAUCAUCUGUGUCUCUUAGUUCCAGCCUGCCAUUCCCAGCUCACCUGGAGGUCCGCCCCUCCUUCUCCUUGCUGCUGACUCCAAGGACAUCCCUCCAGCCUAUGUCAUUCAAAGUUGAAACCUGAAACCUGGCCUUUCCUCUGCCCACUAGCACCCCAUCAAAGCAGGGGUCCCAGUACCCCAUGCCUGGCAGUCUUGCCCUCUGAUGGUUUCCUUAAAGGUUCCUGCCUUAAAUCCAUACUUAAUCUACAAUUGGCCAGGUUUAUUGACUUCUUAUCAGCCAUUGUUGUUAGGAGGAUCAGUUCUCAAAUCCAGCCUUCUUCUCUCCUACUUCCCCAGCAAAAAAACAGCAAUGAACAAAUCUCUUAAACUUUUAUCUUUUGUUUAAUCAAUGAAAGGAACGAUUCUAAAAACAAAAACAAAACAGAUUUGAAGCACAUUCCUCUCCUUAAAGAAUUCUGGGCGCUCUAGUUGUAAUUCUCAGCAACCAUUAAUAAACUACAGUGCACAUUAUUCUUGGGGGAAAUAAUGUGCUUCGAAUGUGCUUUGAAAGUAUAGUGGGUGCACAGACACCCCAGCCCAGAAAAGAGAGAGGACAUAGGAGGACGAGAGCUGCUUAUGAAGAGGUUCCUUCCUGGCACUGAAGGUAUUUUGCCUUGUAGUUAGUAAGAGGUCAGUGCACACAGUACAUCCUUUACAUCAAGGAUGGGCAACUUGUAUCUGUUAAGGACUGUAUAUGGCUGAAACCUAUCUAUUUGUUCUCCAGCAGCUGGAUUGAGGAUCUCUGACCAUGGUUGGAUCCAGGGGUUUUUUCCAGCUGGAACUUGAAGGAACUCAAUUCUGGCAUCUCUCAGGUGGGCACCAUUGCCAUUCUAAGUGAAUGAAGGAUGUGUUCAUGGUGAGUUCUGGCACCUCUUUUUCUUGGAAAAUAGCACUGGUUGUCUCUGCCUUGCAGUCACCAAAGUAGGCUAUCCUCUUUGUCCAAUCCAGGAUCUUUAUUUACACUACAGAUUAUAAUCAGAAUCAAUAUCAACUCAACUCUACAAAGGAACCCAAGCAGUUGCGAUCGGUAGCGAUCAUUCCGGAACGCCAGUGAAAGCAGCUGGGAGCAAGGUGGGUUGCUGGCAACAUCCCAGAGAAGAAAGUGCUGUUGCAGCCCUCUGCUUCCCGCAGCGCAGGAGCCAGCUUCAUUCCCCCGCAACAAAAUAUUGGAGGGGGCUGUCCCCCCCCAAAGUUGAUGGGCAUUGCCAUUCAAAUGGUGUGUACGCACCAUGUCAUGUAGUUGGUUAUGCAGGACGGGGCAUACCUUGCCCACCCCCCAUAUUUUAUUCAAGUUGGCACCCCUGUCCCGCAGUUGUUUUCCAACAUCCUCAGGCCGGUUUGCAACCUCGGCCUCGACCAAGGAAGCCCUUCAGGCCAGGGACCAACUCCCUGCACCGCCUGAGAAGGAAACUGGAGGAAGUUCAAGCUGAGAUGCAAAGAUCCUCAGCAGACGGCCAAGUGGCUGCCCUGCCUGCCGUCCAGGGCAAGGUCUGCUGCCCGCCCGCCCGCCCGCCCUUCGUGGGGGCCCUGGUCCAUGAAGCCGGGAUGCCGGGGAAGUGCUCUCUGCCCUCCCGUGGAGAGCAGUGGCUUCACCUCCGGCCAGGCGGGCUUACUUGGGGUGGCUCCUCUCGAAGAGGGCACCAGCGAAUAAUGGUGCUGGUGAGGGAAGAACCAACCACGACCCCCGGGGCCCUCUUGCCUUGUUGGGGGCCCCGCGGAGAGACUGUGCCCUCUUUUGGCUCGCCUCGGGUCUGCGCGGCGCCUCGGGCUUCCCCGGCGGAGGCUGGGCGGGCUCCCGGGCUCCCCCGCCCCGGGGCGGCGCCCUGGCCGGCCCGCGACAGGUAAAGGCCCUGACCGGGCGGGCGGGCGGGCGGCGGCGCCAGAGGAGGGCGAGCGGAGCGCGCCAUGCGGGAGACUUUCCUGCGCUGCCCUCUGCGCACGGCGGCCGGGCGGGUGCUGGUGUCUCUGCCGCCGGGCGGGGAGUUCCUGCUGGGCACGCCGGAGCUGGUGGGCCGGACGAGCGGUGAGUGUCCUGGGCCCGGGAUCCCGGGGGUCAUCUAGCGCAACCCCCGGCGGGGGGGCUUCGGGGCGGCCGCCUUUCUCGAAGACGGGGCCGCUUGUCGGGGUCUUGAUUCUUCAGGUUUCCAUCAGGGUUUGAGGGGCGCCCGGUCUCUCUUCCUUAACACCAUAUAUCUGAAGCAGAACACACACAUUCACCCCCAAAUUCUGACACUGGUUUUCUCCCCACAAAGCUACAGGUCCCAGAAUUCGGGGGCGCGGGGGGUGUAUGUGCUUUAACGAGAUGCUGUGGAUGCAGCCUAAGGCUGCGAUCUUGUAUACACUCUGGAGGGAGUAAUCGUCACUUCAUUUAUGGGAUUUACUUCUGAGUAGAUUUACACAGGCUUGCUCUAUCCAGUGUACUUGCCACUUUGUAAAGGUGAACGUUGGUAGUAUUCCAUAAUUAUGGCCUUUCCGGGGACUCUUGUUUGCUUUAAAAUCACUUUCAAUGCUGAAAACAACCGGUAGGAACUCCACUGUGUGACAGUUGCCUGGGGGGAGGAGCAGUGUCGGAUUUACUAUGAGCUAUACAAGCUGUAGUUUGGGGCCCCCAAAAAAUGUAGAGGGAAAAACAACUGGAUGUACAUUUCCAAAAUAUAAUGGCUUUAGAUACCUAUUAGGUAUCCAUAAAUUACCAUAUAGCAUAUAUUCAACACAAAAAACAGUGACAAUUGUUGUUGACAAAGGACAGCUGGACACAUAAAGGGCCCCAUUACCUUCAGGAGCUCCUUAGGGCCACAUCAAACCUAAAUCCAGCCUUGGGGUGGGGGUGGGGGGUGGUUCUGUAGCCAAAGUCUGGCAGGAACAUUUCCCACUCCUGCCUAGGUUUUGCAGAGAAAAGAUGUGACAUUGUUGACAAGGCUGCCCCAUUUUAGGAACAGAGGAGCCUGCCUUGUAUCAUGUCAGACUCUUUGUCCAUCCAGCCCAGUUGUGCCUCCUCUGACUGGCAGUGGCUCUCUGGGGUCUCAGACAGAAAGGUAUUUCCAUCACUUACUACCUAAUCCUGCUUAAACUGCAGGGAAGGAAACCUGGGACCUUCUGCUUGUACUCUGCCCCUGGGCUGCACUCUCUUCCACCAGCAGACUUUGCUUCUCCCUCUUCCCCCAGUUGCAUGGCAAUAACUUCAGGGUUUGCCACAUGCAUAUCCCGAAGGAUAAGUAACCAGAGAUGCUUGUAAGUAGAGGUCCCGCUGUAUUCAUGUUAACGCAGUACUAAUUAUUUUAAUGUUUUAUUAAGGGUAAUGCUGUUCCAUCCUCUGAAUGCAGUUAGUCUUGGUUAAUAUUUGCCCUACCUUUCCGGGUAAACAAGACAAAUUAUCUCUCCACUCUUAGGACCAGAAUAGUUUCCUCACUGAGGUUAAUCAUUUAACACAGGUGGAUGUGGAAAGAAUGCAUGCAGACUCACUAAAGGAACGCAGGGCCAGAGGUGUGUGAGAGUAACUCCUAUUUCCAGGGUUCAUGUUGAGAGUGCUGUUUUGUUUUACAGCCAAAACAGCACGAACCAUGCAUGAGACAGGUGUCAGUAGACAUGGGGAGGAUGGGACAAUGUGAAGUUUAUAGAAGUACGAAAACAAUAAGAAACAAAUAGAAAAAAGCAGUAAGGACCCCCAACAGCCCAGUGAGAACUGAGCUCCUUAGUGGUCAUGGAUUGCAGUCCAACUCGCAAGUGUAUAUGUGCAAAUGUGUGGGAAAUCAAGAGGACAUUGAAUGGAAGAGGUGGAAUCCUGAACAGGGAGCACUCCACACAGACCAACAUUUUGUUUUAGGUCUCACUCAUACUUCCCUUUUUGAAAAGUCUUGUAUAUGUGUGUUUGCAAUGUGAGAGUUAAAAGCCCUUUUAUACUGAGGAGUGAAAAUUCAUUUCAGUGGGGCUUGAGCAGGAGUAGAUCCUGGGGGUUUUGUUUUAUAAAGGAGUAAAUCUAGUUGUCACCUGCAUGCAUAUUAUAUUGUAUUUCAUUGCUUAUUAUGUUUGUCAAUAGAUCCCUUUGUGUGGGAUCCCUUUGUGUGGGAUCCCUUUGUUGGGAUCCCUUUGUGUGCAUGCUCUCUGGCGUGACUCUCAUGCUCUCUCACAACUAUCCUCUAGGGCAGGAUAGAAGUAAUAAUACUGAGAAUUUUAUAGAGAACAUUUUAAGAUUUCAAAGUGUGUUUGUUUUAUCUGUAAUCCUUUCACCAGCCCUGUAAGGCGGGUCAAUAUUAUUCCCACCUUGCAGAUAUAGAGGUGGCUGAGGCUGUGAAAAGAAUGGAUUGUCUAAGAUCACCCAGUACAUUUAUUGAAAAGGGUGAUAGCUGAAUUGGGGAAGCUUUCUAGCUCACAUCCUUAUCCAUUAUAUCAGUUAAUUUUACUCAUUUCACAGAUUGGGAAAAGAAACUGAGAAAAAUUCGGUUUACUUAGUACUAUCUAGAGAGUUUGUGUAGCAGAUCUUGGUCUAUAUAAAAAAGUAUCUACUAUAGCUUAUGAACUUUCUCUGCAGAUGUAAAGAUUAAAGGUAAAGGUAAAGGGACCCCUGGCCAUUAGGUCCAGUCGUAGCCAACUCUGGGGUUGAGGCGCUCAUCUCGCUUUAUUGGCCGAGGGAGCCAGUGUACAGCUUCUGGGUCAUGUGGCCAGCAUGACUAAGCCACUUCUGGCAAACCUGAGCAGCGCAUGGAAACGCCGUUUACCUUCCCGUUGGAGCGGUACCUGUUGAUCUACUUGCACUUUGAGGUGCUUUUCAACUGCUAGGUUGGCAGGAACAGGGACCGAGGAACGGGAACUCACCCCGUUUCGGGGAUUCAAACCGCCAACCUUCUGAUCGGCAAGCCCAAGGCUCAGUGGUUUAACCCACAGCACCACCCGCGUCCCUAUGUAAAGAUUAUUUAGCUUUAAAUUUUUUUAUGGAGGAUAGGGUUAUGGACAGCUGUCAUGACAGCUGAAUACAGUCCCCAUGUACAGAGUGUAGCAGGCGGUAGGCAGCCUUCCCUGUCCUGAUGCCCUCUAGUCAUUGUUGGACUACAACUCCCAUCAUCCUUGACCCUUGGUCAGGCAGAAUGGGGCCAACAUCUGGAGGAUGCCAGGUUGGAGGAGAAGGCCACAGUCAAGGGUAAGUUGUUUCUUUCUUGCUCUGCAGUCUGCUUGUGAACUUCCAAGGCUGGGCACUGUUAGAGUGCUGGAAUAGAUCAACCCUUUAGUUUGAUCUGUAUUAUAUAGUUGUUAUAUAUUUGGAUGGGGAAGAUGGAUAGAAGGCUUCCAAAAGGUGAAACAUCUAUCUAAGCCAUGUAUAAACUGCCUGUUCCUCCUUAGUGGCAUUUUGCUUUCAGUCUAUGAUUCUAAACUAGUUUCAGAAUCAGAACAAUGCAUGCAAUUGGAAGCUCUUGCAGAAUAAGAAAACAUUUUCUAUCCUGUGUUGCAAUUUUGUUUGUCCUCCGCUUCCCACCUUUGUGGAAGCUUUGCUCUAGGGUGGCUGAAGAACAAGCUGCGGGGUUCACUGCAGGAAUUGCAGGGUCGGAUUACUGCAGCAUGGCUUUCACUAAAGGUCACACUAGCCUCCUGGCAGGAAUUUUUAUUCACAUCUGAGUGAAACAGGUCAGUUUACUAACAUACAAAGGUCAUUCAACUCACCUAACAAGGCUUGGAAGUUGGAAUAGCUAGUUCCUCUCACUGUUGCUGGUAUUCUUGCUAUCCAGCAAGAAAUCAGGACUGUUGGCAUCCUUUGAUCUUAACAUUUCCCCUGUCCCUCCAUUCUUAAGCAAGUGGCAUCUGAUUAGAAGAUUGAACUGAAGAGGAACAUUGUUUGUGAAAGAGCCAAGUGAGGUGGAAUUGGGGUUAGCUCAGUGCUGCAAGUGAUGGGGCCAGGGCCGGUGGCUUCCUGAAGGACCCCUAGAUGUUCCCACUGACUCCUAUGGGGAAAUGAAAUGCUGCAUAUGUCAGCUGUUGCAUUGAAGGGACCAGGUCUUCACAGACAGACCUCUUGGAAGUUCUCAGUGACACUGUGUGGUUCCUAUGGGCCCCCUCAUUCUCUCAACCUGUCCCUGAUAUUUUGUUAGUCUUGAAUCAGUAAUAAAGUGCUCCCAGAUUUAUGUGGGUACUGAAUCUCACAAACUUGUAUACUGCAUUAUGACAUUUAUGAUAAUCUCACAGUAUUUUGGGAGUUACACGUACUUACAGUUCAAAAACACAUAAUUAUGAACAGUGCUUUUUUUCUAAAAAAAUGUUUAGGAGUACUCUCAUUUUCCUACUCAUAUUGAAAUACUGCCCCUCAAUGAGGCCAAACUUAGAUUCACAAAAUGUUUAGGAGUAUGCGUACCCCCGCAUCCCCCCCGAAAAAAGCACUGAUUAUGAAAGUGAAGUAUGAAACAUGCAUUUCAUCUUGUUGGAAAAUGGCGUGUGACUAGGCCAAGCUUGGAAAUCUGGACAGUUGAGGUCAUUAGUGCUUCUUUGUGAGAAGAUCAUAUUAUAUCUGCGUUAAAGGAGGAGAAUACCUGUCUUUUGAGUAAUUACCUGCCUAGAGUCUAAUGAAUAAAUAUUGGUCCUCUUUUUGGUGCCCUCAGUGAAGCUGAGUGCAAGUCAGCUUACACAACCAUUUGGGUGUGUAGCAGCCAUGGGAGUGGGGCUUUGUCUUUCAGCUGCCUCAGUCUGGAGCGAGCUAAUCAUGCACCACAAGGCAGUCAUGCAAGGAUCUCACUCUCAAGAAGGGCAUGGUGGAGGUAACUCAUCUUUUGUCUCUGACAUACAGACACAUGCCAGUAAAAUGAAAGAUCAAUUUUUAUUCAUCAAGAAUAACAGCCCUCAGUAAGCCAAACCUCCAUGAACCUGUAAAAUCCUCUUAAAAAGUUACCCGUGCUCGUAGUCACUACUAUCAUGACUCUCUGAGUGAGUGCUUGCCACAAGUCCUGCCGAGCCAAGCAGGAUGGGGCAAGGGUAGAGGAAUGGGAGGAGGAGGAUUCAGAGCCGGGGGUGUGGCUGUAGACAGCUUGGGCAGGGAUCAGAAUGAGGGCCCUAUCCCGGAGUUGCCAGAUGUCCCAGAAGAGGAGGGAAGUCCACUGGGCCCAUCUCUCCUUCGCCUCCAGAGACCCAGCCAGCUAAUCAGUAGAGCCAUCUGGGUCUGGGGUGGAGGAGGAGUCAGAGGGAUGGACGUGAGUCCUAUAGCCAGCUUCCCUCCCCCCAGCCCCUUAGGAAGUGUUAAGUUGCAGAGUCAAUCUUCUUUUCAUUUGGCACAAGAACCAUGUGAGUGACAGGCUCUGCCUUGCUCCUUUAAAAGUUGAGCAGACAAGGCGGUCAGGUGUUGGGUCAACUGUAUUCUCGUGUCUGCUAAUGUACCCCUGGCCUCAGGGGUGUUCCUAAGAGGUGGCCCACUCUUUGCCCAUCUAUGCCCUUGCUUUAGCUGCAGGGCUUCUGCCUGCCAGCUGUUUUGGCUGUCUGGGCCUCUUCUUAGCAUUCAGCUCUCUGCUGUUCCUUUUAUCAGAAGAAGGAGUGCACUAAGCUGAUGCUAGGAAGAGGCAGGCCUUCUUUCUACCACUAUGGGGAAAGUGCUGCCGUGGGCACUUAAGUCUGGACCUGGGUUGACCUGAAAGCAUGUUGUUUGUGCAUGCGCUUCCCUUCCCUUGAGGCUGGUGCAGAUGCCCUGGUGCAGAAGUGUAGGAAACUGAGGGGGUGGGUUUGGAUGCUUGCCAUUAUGGGUGAGAGCUGGUGCUCAGAGAAUGUGUCCCCUGACCAUUCAUAUAUAUGUGGCUUUCUCGGUCACAUCAGCUUCCUCUGCAGCAAAGACGUCAUCGGUGCCACAACUGGUUAUUCUAGUUGACCCCCUAGGGACUGUAUAGGGUCUGAAAAGGUCCAGUUUGUUCAGUGCUUCAUGGGCCUUUGACCAGAAUUUUACUGGCCUGACCAGAGUUUUAAAUUUCCUGGCCAGCUGAACUGGGAGCUAUUAAAAGCCGGAAAAAAACGAGUGUCUGUGGCCCGAUGGCUUGGCAGCUCUCCCUCCUGCUGUUGCUGAUUUUUUACCUGCCUUCAAGUGUCAAGGCUGGCCUGAGGUGAAGGACAGGAUGGCCUCUGCUAUUCCAAGUACAGAAGCAGAUUGGAUUGAGGGUUCAAGGUUAUUUCAAAACUUGUGAUCAGGGGUGUCAACUUGAAUACAAUAUUGGGGAGGCCAGGUAAGCCAUGUCCCGCAUAAUAAAUCACAAGACGCAGCACACAUGCACCAUUUGAAUGGCAAUGCCCAUCAACUGGGGGGCUUCAGAUAUUUUAUUGGGGGGGGAGGGACCUCACCUUGGCCCCUAGCAGUUGGCUCCUAUGCUUGUGAUGGGACAGCAUCCGCUUUAGGGCAACGGACUGGCAUUACUACUACUACUGUUUUAUUUUAUGUUCAGUUUCCUAUAUAGAAGGGGGAAAGGGGGAGAAUACAAAAUAGAUAAAGCUGCAAAAUUUAAAAAAAAAUAUCCAGGCCUAAAAACAAGAACAUAUUUCAAACAGAACAAAUUGAAGUCAUAAAGUUUCAAGUAACACAACUGGGUUUACAUUAUCUAGAACGUUUUUGCUCCAAUAAAUUAUAAACACAUGCCAUUUUUUACACACAAAAUGUUACCUGGCCAACUGCCUUCUCACCAUACACACAAUAUCCCAGAUGUUAAUUAUCCAUUCUCAGUCAUUUUCUUCCAAUUAGGCUUCCUCAACCUUGGCCCUCCAGAUGUUUUCAGACUACAAUUCCCAUCAACCCUGACCACUAAUCCUGCUAGCUAGGGAUCAUGGGAGUUGUAGGCCAAAAACAUCUGGAGGGUCGAGGUUGAGGAAGCCUGAAUUAGAGAACAUAGUAUAUUUCUGUCAGCCAUCAAUAAAUGCUGUGUGCCAGUACUGUACCUUUAAUAUAGCUGAGUAACACCCACCUAGUGGAUGCAGGGCAGCCUGUACGGCCCACACAUCUGUCCUGCAGCUCCUUCUGCCUGAAGGAGCAUCCUCCUCCUCUCCCUCCGCAUGGUUUGUGGAUUGGACUCUCAGAGGGAAAGGGCAAAUAAAUGAGCAGAGAUGGUGAGCAGGGGGCCCCAGCAUCCAGGAGCCAGUAUACAGUCCUGGCAUUCCUCCUGACAAGGGUGUUCUAACCUCCUCUCCCCCAGUGUGAAGAAGGACAACAAGGACAACUGUGAAGUACUUUGCAAUGGCCAGCCAAGACCCAGGAGAGUAAGUGGGCAGUUGAGUCAUACAGCACAGGAAUUUUGCAUAUCUGCAAUCAAGAGCCCUUUGCUUGCAGUCUGGUUCUGAAAGAGAGUGAGAGAAGGUGGAGUCAAGGGUUUCUAACCCAUCAGCACUUGCUCAGCACCUGCGCCCUCUGAAUAAUGGAUCUCCCCUCUCCCCAGGUCAGGGAUUCUGCAUUCCAGUCCAGGAGAUGGUUGCUGUAAGGCUUGGGGCUACCAGGGAUGGAGAGGAGGAUCCUCCAGAGGCUGAAAGCUGUUUCACAGGUGAGCAGGAUAGAGCAAAGCAGGAAGCUUCAUAGGAACCUGUAUGGGCAGUUUUAUGCUACAGAACAUGGCAUGCAGCCUCAAAAGUCAAAUAUGAAAGUUACUGUAAAUCUUGGGUGGAAGGUCCAAACAGUAGAGCUCACUUCUGGGGGUACAAUACCUUUGGUGGCGUUCGGAAUAAGGUUGGAUGGACAUCAGUCAGGGAUUCUUUAUGUGGGACAUGCUAUUUCUGGUGAAGAGCUAUUGGACUAAGAUGGGCCUUUUGCCACCUUUCCUCCCCUGUGUGCUCCCCAAAUUGGCUCGCUGGGUUUUAGCACUGUGCUUAGUUCCUCCCCAGAUGUCCCAUUGCUCUCUUCCUAGUUCCAUGGUACAGUGAAUUUUAUAACUGCUAUGAACUCCUGCCCACCUGAUCAUUGAUUUAAAUUUAAGUUUCUAGUCUUUACGGCAGUAAGGGGGGGGGGAAAGAAAAAGUUAUAUUUCUGCCACAUAGAAGAGGGUGGAGCCUUGAUUAACCAUAGAAAUAGAACUUCUUUACUCUAGGCAUCUUCCUGGUUCUACUGUUUCCAGUCCUUGACUCUCAGUCCUGUCAGGGAGGAGGAUUGAGAGGUAAUCUCAAUAGCCCCUCUCUUUCUUCAGACUGUGAGCAGGAGUUAUACAACUAUGUAUACAUAUGGAAGUAAAUGUAUAUACUAUUUCCAAUGAAAAAUGUGUAAUUAAUGCCCCAGGCCAUCUCCUGUAUGCUCCACAGCUUUUAAGGGUUGGGCCACAGGAGGCCUCUCCCUCUUGGCUUCUCAAGAUCCCACACCAGCCCUCUUGUCCAUCAGUCUUUCUCACUUCCUCUUUCCCCUUCUUCCAGUUUUCUUUGUGCAGCGGGAGAAGCAAGAGUGUUGGCGCCUGGGGAUGCUGGAGUUCACUGCCCCUCCCAAGUCUCAGCUGGCAGUACGCUGGGUCAAUGCCCUACAGAGCUGGAUCCAUCACCACGGUCAGUUCUCAGGUGGCAGUGGAAAGGGCUGGUAAAGAUGGUGCUUUCCUUUUGGAUGGAAGCCUUCAGAGACAGGCCAUGGUUGCCAUGACAGAGGAAGGUUGCUCCUGAGAGCAGGGCUUAGUUUUCAAGAGGAGAGAGACAGCAAGGCCCUCCCAGUGUGUGUGUUUGGUGGGGACUGUGGUAAGUAAGUAGUAAGGGAAGGUGGGCUUUCUUCAUGAGCUUGAAGGCACUCAUGAUGGCUAUUUCAGCUAGUUCAAGGCUGGACUCUGGUUUGGAUUAUUAAGUUUUGGAGUUUUGACAGUGACUUUAAAUCAAGUCUCCACCCCUCUCAUGUAUGGACACUGAGCAAAAUGAUAGCUAAACGGGACCCCAUGCUCAGAAGCGAUGUACCUCUGAAUACUACUUUUUUGGGGGUGGGAGGCAACAUUGGGGAGGACAGUUUUUUCAUGACUUGAAUGUGUGCUUCACAUGACUUGAAUGUGUGCUGAUUGAUGCUUGGCUAGAUGGGCCUUUGGUCUCAUCCAAGAAAGUUCUGAUGUUUUUUGUCCCUCUGCUUCAGGAGUUACACGGCCCAAGAGCCUCCUUGUCUUCAUUAACCCGGUUGGGGGACGCGGGCGAGCAGUGGAAAUCUACCAGGGUCAGGUGGCCCCACUCUUCACCCUUGCCGGGAUCCAUGUUCAAGUUCUGGGUAAGUCCCAUUUCUCUUGACCAUCACUCUCCUGCUUUCUCUGUGACACGGGCCUCUUCCCCAUUCCCAGUGACAUGACCUCUGACCUUCUCUGCACCUUCCCAGAGACCUGCCAUGCCAACGAGGCUCGUGACUACAUCCUGCAGCAAGACCUCAGUGACUUUGAUGGGUAAGGACUAGCCAGCAUCUAGGAUGGCCACUUUUGCAUCACCAAAAAAGAGGACAAAGGAGAACAUAUAUGUUAAUUUAUACGUAUUGAUUUAGAAAUACUUACAGCUUAAAUAGAAAUAUCAAGGGAAGACUGUGACCUGGUGAUCUGUUUGCCUGUUGAAUCUGCUAUCUAGCUACUAAAUGCCCUCCUCAUUAGCAUUCUUUAUAUUGCCAGACUUGGAAUGGAGAGCUCUUCAAAUUGAGAACUUUCCUCUGUAAAAAAGGACAUAUUGUCACCUUACCUGCAUCUAUGUUCCCUGCUGUCUUGAUGACCCUCAGCAUCCUGCUUUGAGACCCCACUAGAAGUCCACCGACAUUGUGUGCUCAGAUCAAUCUAGGGCAUAAAUUCUAUGGAAUCCAGAGCAAUCUGCUACAAGUGGACACCAGGAGUCCUGCAGAAAAGUGCUUGCAGGCCUUGUGAUGGGUCAGACUGGGCCGUGGCUGUGCUUCUGGGGUGUGUCUGUAGCUGUGGUGGGUCCCAACAGAGGCCCCACAGCAGAGGGGGAGGUCCUGGCCCAGUCGCUGCUGCGGCGCUGAAGAGUGGAGGCCAAACAGCACACACAACAUGACACAACCAUGAUAUUUUUUCAAAUAUUCUACAAAAUAUUUCCAUUCUUCAAGUUUUUUUCCUAUUCUGUUCUUUAAUUCUCACAGUCUAGCCCUCUCAGCACAUUCCAUUAUUUUCAUAAGCCAUUCUUCUUUCCAGUUUUGUUCAUAGACUAUUCUUGCUGCCAUCGUAACAUACAUAAACAAAUUAAACAAUUCCUUCAGAAGCUCUGAUCCAAUUAAACCUAACAGAAAGGCCUCAGGUUUAUUGGAAAUCAUCACUUUAAACAUUUAAAAAAACUCAUUAUACUUCAUUUCCCAAUAACCUUUCGCCUUUCUGCAGGUCCACCACAUAUGAAAAAAGUUCCACCCAACAUUUUACACUGCCAAAAGGUACUUGAUUUACUCUUAUACAUUUUUGCAAUCUUAUACGGUGUUAAGUACCAUCUAUACAUCAUCUUCAUAUCAUUCUUUUUUAAUGUACAGUGGUGCCUUGCAAGACGAAAAGAAUCCGUUCUGCGAGUCUCUUCGUCUUGCGGUUUUUUCGUCUUGCGAAGCAAGCCCAUUAGCGGUUUAGCGGAUUAGCGCUAUUAGCGGCUUAGCGGGCUUAGCGGAUCAGCUGAUAAGCGGCUUAGCGGCUUAGCGGAUCAGCUGAUAAGCGGCUUAGUGGCUUAACGGAUCAGCUGUUAAGCGGCUUAGCGGAUCAGCUGAUAAGCAGCUUAGCGAUCAGCUGUUAAGCGGCUUAGCGGCUUGGGAAAAAGGGGGGGGGAAAGGAAAAAAACCCCGCAGGAACUCGCAAUACAUUUUCGUCUUGCGAAGCAAGCCCAUAGGAAAUUCGUUUUGCGAAGCACCUCCAAAACGGAAAACCCUUUCGUCUAGCGGGUUUUCCGUCUUGCGAGGCAUUCGUCUUGCGGGGCACCACUGUAUAAUAGACUGUAAAUUUUAAUUUAACUUUCCAGAGCUUCUCCCAAGUGGCAAAUUCUAUAUGAUAGCCCUGGUCUCUUGCCUAUUGUAUCAUAACUACCGUAUUUUUCGCUCUAUAACACGCACCUGACCAUAACAUUCACAUAGUUUUUAGAGGAGGAAAACAAGAAAAAAAAUAUUCUGAAUCAAAUGUUAUACUAAAUUAUUUAAUAAACAACCAGUAUAUCAGAAUCAUAUUACAACCAUGUAAAGUGAACAGCAGUCAACAGUGGCAUUAAGAAACAUCAUCACUGUCAUUAACAAAUGAAGAGAGAAUUUAGCUGCAGUCUGUGAGAUGGGGCUUACCUGUACGUGCCCCCCCCCAAUAUUUUAUUGAAGUUGGGAGGGAGGGAAGGAAGAGAGAUGGAGAGCUCACAUUUGUCCUAGGCAAAGCAGCCAACUCCUAUGGGCCUAGGUGCCUUCACCCCCCAUUAAAUAUUUGAGGGAGUCAUCCCCCACCCCUCAUUGUGGUAUGUGAGGUGGGGCUUACCUGGCCGCCCCCCAAUAUUUUUUGAAGUUAGAAGAGGGAGGGAGGGAGGGAAGGAAGGAAGAGAGAGGGGGAGCUCACAUUUGUGCAGCUGCCUUGCCUCGCUGGAACCGGAGCAAAAAAGAGGAGGAGACGCAGGGGCAGGAGCCUUGUAAGCCGCUUUGCUUGAAUUUACCAGUGAGGUGCUGGGGGAGGGACCGAAGGGGAUGCCCUCUUUGUCCCUCCUUCCGGCUUAUUGUAAAGAAAGCAGAGUAAGCGGCUCUCCCUUUCCUUGAAUUACAGUCAGCCCAUCAGACUAUAAAGUCACCUCGCCAAAAAGCCAUAGAGCAGGCAGACACGCUGCGUGCACCUCUUGUUUGAAAGACUGCUGAGCAGAGUGUCAGCAGCUCUUGCCGGCUUCCCAGCGAGCCGGAGGAAGGGAGGUUGCUUUCCUUCUCCCGCCUCGCCGAAAAGCCAGCAAGAGCGGCUCCUCCCGCCUGCAUUCGCUCCAUAACGCGCACACACAUUUCCCUUUACCUUUUUUUUUGGGGGGGGGAGUGCGUGUUAUGGAGCGAAAAAUACGGCACUUUAACCAUUUUGUCCUUUCCAUUCCAGAAGUAUUCUAUACAUUUUCAAAAUUAACUUCUCAUAUUUGUCUAACAAAUUCAUAUCAAACUCUGUUCUACAGUAAGAAAACCCAUUCACCAAGUCCUUUACAAGUACUUCAUUCACUUGGUAAUAUUUAAAACAGUCAGAUACCCAUUCCCGAAUACAAUCUAUUUUUUUUUGUAACUUGAUACAUUCCCCCCCAUAUUUAAUCCCAUCAUGGACCUUUCCACUUGGGAACCACAAGGGAGGUUCUCUCAGUGCCUAAUGUAAUCUACCUCAUUUCUCCACAGACUGGUGAGUGUGGGGGGCGAUGGCACCUUUAAUGAGCUAAUGCACGCCUUGAUUAACCGGACACAGCAAAAAGCCGGGGGAUCAGAGAAUGACAUUGAUGCAGAACUCUUGUCCCCAAGGCUUCGUAUUGGCAUCAUACCCGCAGGUGAGUAUAUGGGCCCUGGGUGCUUGAGAGAAAGAGUGUUUGGGAUUGAGGACCUGCAAGAUAGCAAGCACCUGUGGGCACCCAGUGCUUUCAGAUGGUCCUCUUAGUGCCUGCCAGGCCACUGUGAGAACAGGAUACUUCAAUACGACAGGCCUUGGGUCUGAUCCAGCAGGCCUCUUAUGUUCUUGAGAUUUGGCUCUGCUCAUCUGAAGAUGCAGGAAAAAGUAAGGUGUAUUUCCAGGGGUUUUUUUUGCAGCCAGGUAAUGUCAUAAUAACUAUUUAAAUAAUAAUAAUUUAUUAUUUGUACCCCGCCCAUCUGACUGGGUUGCCCCAGCCAGUCUGGGUAGUAAUCUGUUGCUCUCCAUUUCUACCUCAGGUUCUACAGACUGCAUCUGUUUUGCAACUGUGGGAACAAACGACCCCAUCACCUCUGCUCUGCACAUUGUUAUAGGUACUGAUUUCCCCUUUCCUACCCAUUUAUUCCAUGGCUCAUGGCAUUCAACUCUUGAGAGAUGGAGUAUUGACACAUCUCAGCUGGGAACUUUGCAAGGCUGGGUUGGGGAAGCAAAUCCUCCCGGGUUUGAGGAACCCCCCACCCCCACUAAAGUAAAAAAGUUGGGAGGCCAACUGAUAGAUGAGCAGGGUUAGCACAGAAGAUAAGGACAUCCUUUUGGAGGCCCUUAGCCUUUGCAAAUGAUACUGUAGAUCUCGGCUACUGUGUUCCAGUAAUUGCUGAGGAAUGCAAACAGAGAUCUGUACCUUGGUAAAUAUAGAUGCUACUUCUUUUUCUGAUGGAAAAUGUGUAGCAGAACACAAUACUGGGUGGUGGAACUUAUAUAUAAUCUGGAACCUUGGUGGCCUUUUUCUGUUUUCUAGGGGACAGCCAACCUAUGGAUGUCUGCAGCAUUUGGCACAAUGGAAAGCUUCUACGUUAUUCAGUCUCACUGGUUGGCUAUGGCUUCUAUGGUGAUGUAGUGAGCACCAGUGAGAAGUACCGUUGGAUGGGCCCGAUGCGCUACACCUAUGCCGGUAUGCAGGGGAAGGAAUCCACUGUGAUAAGCUGAACAAUGAUGCCCAACUGACAGAGGGAGCAUGUACACUGAAUAUCUGGACCAGCCCACUAAAAUCCUCUUUCCUAGGCUUGACAGGGCUCUCUGGCUUGGGGCAGGGGACAAGGAUAGGCCUGGCCAGCAGUAAGAUGAACCUUAUUGCCUUAUAACCAGGGAAUGUGGUACCUUUGAAUUACGAGUGUCUCCGUUUAUGAAAUAGUGUUAACUGUAAACUUGAUGGAUAAUUUGCAUGAUGUAAAUUUGGCCCCUUUUUUGAGGUACAUUUUCUCUUUAUAGUUGUACUUAUUGAUUUUCCCAUAGUAGUUUGCACAGCCUCCCGUUGGCAUGAAGAGUGGCAGGAGAACCAUUGCCAAGACAAGGAAGCUACCCAGAAGCGGCAGUCUCAUAAUUUACAGUGAAGAAUUGGCCUAGCCAGAGGAGCAGCAUGGGAAGGAGGAAGGCGGCCGGAAGUGGCAGCCAGCUAACCUGGUAAUCUGCCCCUGGUCCAGAUAAGGCAGUGGUGGCAGCGCCAGAAGAUUUCAGGCUGGCCAGACAGCACUUCCAGCCUCCUUCCUUUGCUCCUCCUCUUGCCAGACCAACUCUUCCUCCCACUCGGCUGUGGUGGCAGCAUGAGGUGGGAAGGUAAGGGGUUCAUUUGGGGAGGAGGAUGUGGGGUUUGGCAAGGUCUAGGGGGAGUGAGGGUGGGAGGAUUGGUGACAACCAAGGAGCUGGGGGAAGGCAGGGUUGGCAAGCAAAGCAAGCCAGAGCACAGUCCUUGGUAUUUAAAGAAAAGCUGAGAUUGUUAGGAUUAUGUAUCAGUUAUUAGAAUCUGCUCUGAAGUGCUGCAGGCUGCCAGUCAAUUGAAAGCAACUCUCUCCCUGUUCUCUCCAGGAGCCAAGGCACUGCUGAGGAACUGCAGCUAUGAAGGCACCGUGGAAUUCCAAGUGGCCAGAACGGAGGAGGCAAACCCAAGGGACCAAACACGCUGCCGCUCUGGGUAGGUGGAAGUUUGACAGUUGGCUUUACAAUAAAGACAGAGGCUGGAAUCAGAAGUGACACCACCCCUCUCUUUCAGGUGUGUGGUCUGUUCAGAGUCUAGCAAACAGUUACCGGCUGGGACAGAGGAAGAAAACCUUUCAGAACCGGAGCAGCACAUAGGUGAGAGAACUAGACAUUGAGACUGAUACUCAGCCAACUGGCUGGGGCUAGAUCUGGCUCAGUUCCUUCAUAUGCUUUCCUGUAAACUGAAGCUGCUCUAGGGUCUGGGCAUAGAAGCCACGUGCCCUGGAUCCUACUUUAUUUUUAAAAUUCAGCUGCACCCUCUUGUACCAGAACCAUAUAUGGGUGUGACAUGCAAAUGUGAGACAAUGAUCUGAUUAUAUGCAUGAAUUCCAUAGGAUUGAACAGAUUAGAAAUUCUAACUUUACUGUCACAUGUUUUUAAGCAGAAUUCAGUACUUCUUUGUCCCCGUUCCCCCAUUUUAAAUGUAUGAACAGCAUCUACAGAGGCCUCAGAAACAAGAGAGACAUUUGCCCUGAUCCAGCACGCUUCCAUGAGUGGGCACGUAUCAUGUGUGAAUGUGUAUGUUGCCUCUGUGCAUCUCGCGACACAUCUAUGCCUGCCGCUAGUUGUAUGCAACCAGAGCUGGCUUUGGAAUUUUCCUGAGAAUAUCCACUUACCUUUUAAAAAUAUUUUUUAAAAACAGGUUUCUUCUCCUUAUAACUGCAAAGUAUAUAAAAUAAUUUACAUAGUGCUUUUAAAUAUUCAAGGCACUUCACUUACUCAGGUGUUGCCAGCCUUUUUGGGCUUGUGGGCACAUUCGCAAAAUAGAGAAACCACACACAUACCACUAAUAAGCACACACUGCAAACUAUUCUAUGGGAUACCUAAUUUUUUUGAAGAUGGGGGAGGGGGAGAGACCCUGCAGGUGCCAGGGAUGGCCUAUGAACGGUGUGUUCAGGGGCUGCCAGUAUAUCAGCUGCAGGUGUACAUAUGCAAAAUAUUUAUACCCACUUUUUAUCCAGAAAGGUUCCUAGAACAGCAUCCAGAUAAAUAAAAAACAGUAUACAGUGGUACCUCGGGUUACAUACGCUUCAGGUUACAUACACUUCAGGUUACAGACUCUGCUAACCCAGAAAUUGUACCUCGGGUUAAGAACUUUGCUUCAGGUUGAGAACAGAAAUCGUGCUCCGGCAGCAGCGGGAGGCCCCAUUAGCUAAAGUGGUGCUUCAGGUUAACAGUUUCAGGUUAAGAACGGACCUCCGGAAUGAAUUAAGUACUUAACCCGAGGUACCACUGUACUAAGCUAUGCCAGCUCUUUGCAUUUUCAAAGUGCACAAGCAGUGACUGCUCAAGAAUUACAAGCUAGAAAGGUGACUGAAUAUGAAAAAUGCAGCACUAGAAAAUGUGCACAUAAGCAUAACUACAACAGUGAGGCUUUCAAGGUAAAAAAAAAGUUGGCUUUGCUGAGUAUAGAGUUUUGCAUUUUUCCCCUGUUUUGGAAUAUGCAGACACCAGGUGAUGCCCCAAGCCCCAUGUCUCACUGCAGUGGCCAGAUCUGAUUCAAGAAAGUGUUCUUUUUCAUCUUGCAUCUGAGCAGAAAGCUUUAUCAUAGCUACAUUUCCCACUUCUUAAGCCAAAAGCUGUGCAUGCCCAGGAACUGUCUGCCAUGCCAAUGUUAAAAACCCAAAGCCUUUUUCUCAUAAAAGGAAUGUCAUGGCAAAAUGCAUAUGGCAUUCUAUCCCUGAUUCAUAUCUCAUCUCAACCACAAAUUUGUCGGGUGGCCUUAAGCAAGCUGCCAUCUCCUGCAUUCAUGCAUCCUACUUACAGCAGGGAAGACUAGUUCUGGCCUACUUUACAAAAUCGUAAAAAUUACUAAGCUAAUGAAUGUUUAAAGCACUGUGGAUCCUAAAGUACUAUAGAGGUGCUAUUAUUACACACAGAAUAGUCUUCUAGGGCUGUGUAGCCACCCUGUUAAUUUCCAGGCGCAGGUGUCACAGCACUGUGAGGCAAGGAAUGGCCAGAGUGAGGAAUCAACUCUUUAUUGUCAAAAAUACACUUACAAUUUAGGGAAAGGCAGGUCUAUCAGGCCUACAUCUCUCAGCUAUUCCUAGGUGUGCACCCAAUGAGGCAGUUGGCACAACAGAGAAGCUCCACCCCCAGCCUCAGUUUAUGGAUCUUCCCCACCUGAGCUGCACAUAGGCAGGUGAAGACUCCACCUGCAGGCAACCUGUUUCUGCUUCUCCCUCUUCAAUCCUCUCCUGGUGCUGGGAGCCAGUGGAGCAGCAGGAGGAGGUGUGGAAGCCCUGGACUCUACACUAGCCUAACCUCCCUCUCCUCUUGCAACUGUUCUACGUUCUCCGUUCCUGCAGCUCCUGCUGCCUCUGCCUCUCUGCCUCCCUCAGAUCCCUUCUUCCCAGUCAGUCUCCAACACCCCUUCCUCUGGUGUGUACUCAUCAGAAUCCAGCCAGUCCCUCACAUCAGGAUAGACUAUAUAGACCCUGCACUGGCCACCUCACUUGCAACAACCACUUAGAGGUUUUCUCUACAAUCAAGCAGUGUAUAAAUUUUAUGAAACCAAAAACAUGUCUUCUAUUUCAUUGGGAGACCUCAAAAGCAAACCCAGAUUGUCAUCUCCCUGUUCCUGUAAAUGCACUGAAUUAAACUGGUUUGAGAUGCUUGCCUUUGUUUGGGGCAGAAUGUGGUAGAGAAACACAGAAGGGAAUCCCUAGGUCUGAGCAAAGUUUGCAACCUCAAAUAGGAAUUAAUUGCCUGCUCUAGGCUAAUGGGCAUUGUUGCUGUCUUUAAUCUCCCACCAUCAGGAUUUACUGAGCCAGGGCUUAGCCCUGGAAAUAGCUUUUAAAUGCCAGUGCUUGGCUGCAGCACAUGGGAAGUUGUACUGAAGGAGGGAGUUCCUCACCUUCACUUCCGCGCAACAAACUGCUGCUGCCACAGGGCUGUCAGGAGUCUUGCACCCUAGAAAAAACAUUUUUCAAACAGGCUGUCCAAUCAGCUGCUUUGUCCCAGCUAAAGCUGCCCAGGAUAACCUCUCUCCUCUUCCACCUCCCCCCCCCCCCAGAUGGCGAAUGGCAGCAGGUUCAGGGUCGUUUCCUGGCUGUCAACUUGACCUCCAUGAGCAGUGCCUGCCCCAAGAGCCCGGAGGGACUCUCCCCCUGUGCUCAUCUGGCUGACGGUACAGCAGACCUCAUCCUGGUGCAUGAAUGCUCAGCACUCUCCUUCUUGCGACACUUGACUCGGCACACCAAUGGCUCAGACCAGGUAUGGAGAAAGCCUCUGCCUCCCCUGCCCUUGUCUCCCCACAGAGCUGGGGGCAGAACCUAAAAGGCCACGCCUCUUUCUGACAACCGCAAUUCUGCCCAUGUAGAUGCAGUUACAACUAUGAAAACUCAAAUAUGCGUGAAACUCAGCACCCUGUACAACAGGCAUAUAUUUAUUCCUGCUUCAGAACUGAAGCCCCCUAUUUGACACUGGAGGUCAACUCUUUAUUUUAGAAUUUGAACAUCUUUUGAGGCAAAGUCUGAAGCCCCUGGUGGAGGGUUGAAGUGGUAGGGGGUACAGAAAGGGGCUUGAACACAUUAAACUGGCAGUUGGAAAUCCUGUCGGAAUAUAACCUGAACACAGGAGACUUUUCUAGGCAACUACAUUGUCCUGUCUUAAGCAAAAUGAGGAGAACUAUGCCGUCAGAUCCAGGGGACACCUUUCCUUAACAGCCCCUCCGACGAUUUCUUUCAUCUUGGGCCCCCGGGCCCUCCUCUCUUUAGUUAACAAAGAACAUCCUCCAUGCAUUUAAAUGGUGAGGCCACGGAGGCUUAGAGUGGGGCUCUGCUCUCGUGGCACCACUGCCCAACUUAGGUUGGUAAACACACAGGAUUGGGCCUUUUCCAUAGUGGCACAAAGGCUUCGGAUCAUCUUCAUCCGAAAGGUAUGCUUGGUCCCUUUCCAUCUAUUGCUAGGGGAUGGUGAAAGCUAGUUUUCUUCUGGGCUUCUAAAAGUGGCUGAAUUGUUCCGGUCAUGAUACUCCUCCUUCUGGUAUUUUAUUCCACUGCAGUGCCUUGAAUUGACACGAUUGUGUUUUCUUACAUAUUCUGCAUGUAACUUUGGGGGCUCCCAGGUCAAAAGGCAGUAUUUUAAAUAAGGGGAGGAGCCACAGUUCUCCUUCAGUGCAUGCGCUUUUGCACGAAGAGCAGCCGAGGAAAUGCAAAAGGCACAUUGGGUAUUAAGAGUUGCAAAAUGCCACCUGCCUACUGCUAGUCUGCCUUGGGCUGAAAGGACGACUGCUCUGACAGUAGAAGGCAGCUUCAUACAGAGCUCUGCUUAAAGCCGCAAACGCUUGAGUCAGAGCUGGAGAGGUUAAGACUCCUUCUGGUAAUGCCAUGAGCUUCAGAGAUCAGAGGGUUUAAAAAAAACCCUUAAAUGUGCUUUUCAGUUUGACCUGCCUUUUGUGAGUGUGUACCGGGUCCGGGCUAUUCGUUUCACCUCAAAAGUGGAAGACCAUAAGGAUGGAGAACCGGUUGUACGACGACGCAAGGGGCUGUGUGGGGGGCAGUGUCAGGAAGAACCACCCACCAGCUGCUGGACCUGCGACGGUGAGACCCUGCAACAUACCGACAUCAGCGUCAGGUAGGUUGUCUGGAUAGUUGUGGCAAAUAUUCUUCUGCUGUACUUCAGGGGCACAGGUGUUAGUAGAGCAAUCUACAGACAGCACUUAGAAGCUUGUGAAAGAGACUUCAGUGCCACACAGACAUAGACAGAAGUAUCAGAGCAACAGCAUGUGAUCAGAACUGGGACUGGCAGGUUAAGAACCAGUAAAAAGCUUACUGUGGCCCUUCCACAAAGUGUAGCCUAGUCAAGCACAGGCAUGGAAGUUGCCAAAGAUGCUUAGGGAACUGGACAGCUGUUAUACAGCAGUCUUCCUUCUAUCCGGUAGUGCCGCUAAUGACUCUCUCUGCCUUUCUCUCCACAGAGUCCAUGGGAGGCUCAUCCAUCUCUUUGCCCGUGGCAUCGAACAGGCACCCUGUAGGCUUCCUGCUGAUCCAAGAGAGGGUCAAAGCUAAAUGACAGCGCAGCCUGUGACUGCUGCUAAGAAUCCACAAGGCCAUGAACACUGAGGAGCCACUGCCUAAGCAUUGUUGGGGAAUAAAUUCCAGACUGGUAUCUCAGGACCUGUGAGUAACAGUGCAGCUCCAGAGAAACUGUAACCAGACACUGCUGCUCCACGUUCAGGUUUGCAGAAGUGCCACCUCACACCUGCCAUUUUAGGGUGCUGACCCUGGAGAGGAACAGCCCAUGGUGCUCUGCCUGCUGUGCAGAUACCAAACCCCAGUGUCCUCCUGGUCCUCAUCACACUGGAAAUCAGCUGGCAGAAUAAAUGAAUAUCUAGCUCAGCAGUGCAGAACCUCUGACCUGUGGGCCAAAUUUAGUCUGCCAGGCUACUUCCCCCAAACCACCCCUCCCUGCCCAUUUGUUCAUAGACAGAAGUGGUUUUUGAGUCCCCCCUCAAGCCACUUGAAAUAAAUGCAAGGACCACGGUCUCCUUAUAACAACUUCCAUUUACAUACCAGCAUCAUAUAUAAAACUGAGAAGCAGUUUGAACAGGAAUGUAACAAGUAAUGCAGCAAAAGCAGAGCUAGUGCAAUUGAAAGAGCAGCUUGUGUAGCUGAACAGAGGGCAAGGGUGCUGCCUCCUGCGCCACCACAGACUUCCCCCAUAGAAAGGAGCAGAAGUUGAAAUGGGACAUCUGGCCCAGCUGCAGCCAGCAGUCUAAGAAGGAGCGAAACUAAAGAGGCAGAGCCCACAGUAGAGAAGAUGACAAGGCCCACACCUAAGCGCAGUGGAUGCUGGAGGAGUGCACUGGUGUCCAGGGCCAGCAGGUGGUCCUAGGACAAAAACCACGUUUUUCAGGUGUAGGCAGCAGGAGUUGGGGCAGAGAUCCCUUUGCCCAGCCCUGGUCAGCUUGGCUUCUGCAGCGAAGAGCAGCUGUCACCCCUUCAUACAAGCUACCCAGUUGGAGGUCACAGCUUGUGAGGAUUGACCCAGCGGUAGGUGCCUUCAUACUGGAACCCCACCUUCUUCAUCAGCUCAUCUGCCUCGGCGGGGCCACGGCUAGAAAGGAAAAAGGCUCCCCGUUAGUAAUUCUGGUUGCAGCCAAUAGCGAAACCAUCUGAAUGCUUUAGGGUGAAGUAUACUCUGUGGAUAUGAGCUGAAUUUGUAAUGUAAAAGUUUUUCUAAGUUGGUUUUGAUGCUGUAUGGAUGAAUGCAUACAAGACUUAACAUAUACAGUGGUACCUCCGGUUGCGGACGGGAUCCAUUCCAGAGGUCUGGCCGGAUCCCGCGUUUUUCGCAACUGGAGAGACUGCUUCUGCGCAAGCAUGUGGGGGAAAAACCCAGAAAUAUACUUCUGGGUUUGCCACUUACGUAUCCCGAAGUUUACGGAACCAGAGGGAUACAUAAGCAGAGGUACGACUGUAUACAUGUAUUUGUCUUGGAAGACACUUUGUGUUUGGUAGUUGUUUUUACAAUUUUCAAUGAAGUUGGUUUAAAAAAAAGUAAUGCUGGAUGCAGUUGUUUCCUACUCAUGGCUUUUUACAUCUAUAGGCCAAAUGCAAUUGUCUCCAUCCCUGAAACAGCAUAGCAGCAGCAUUGAUUAUGAUCAAAAGUUGACCAGAAUCCUUUUUUUUCCAUUUUCAGACAUAAGUACAUAAGUAUAUAAGUACUAAAUACUACCCCCCUUUGCUGAUUUCUGGGUAUCAUACUCACUUAGAUUAGCACCCCACAUCAACUAUAAACAUGCACUCAAAACACAGGUAAGUGUAGAAGUGCAGAUGGCAGCUCCCUUUCCCAAUGUACUAAUUAACUGAGCCAGGAUGCCUGGAAUUCUGCCAUUGUCUCUACCAUUGGACCAGCUCUCCUCCCAAGCCACUGUGCAGUUCCCACCAUCUGGGUAUCACUUAGACUGGGGAUCCAAGAAAGUUCACCAUGCAUUACAACAAUCACAUUGGAGAAUAUAUUUUCCGCUCAGUUCUGCUCAAUUUGUAGGGUGGACAGUACCACAAGGCCACUCCCAGAGCCCCCACCGCACCCCACUACCCAAAGCCCAGUAAGCAAGGAAAGCCUGCUGGGGGUGCAAAAGCGAGGGGAGAAGAAAUAAAUGGACAGGAGGGAAUGGUGGGGGUUCCCCACUCUUUAUUUAUUUAUUCCUCCUCCCGUGUAAAGUUGUGGUAGUGUAAGUAAAGUGAAUGUAAGUCGCAGUCCCACUGUUUCUAUUAACCAAAUAAAAUUAAUUUGGUCAAAUCUUAACACAAACUGGAUUAAUUUUAAUCAAGUUCAUAUAUAAUAAAAGAGCAUAUAAAAACACAAGCUCUGAGACCCUUAACACAAUUUGAAAAAUUUAUUCUGCAUAAUGGGUAGAGGGGAGAAAGGAUUAGUUUCUAAAUAGUACCUUAUAUUGCUUAAUGUAACUUAAAGACCUACGGAACCCCUUAAAAAGAUAGGGGAACUAUAUAUUGGCACACAAAUUCUUUCCAAGGAUUGGAAUAAAAUAUGGGUGUUGUGACCCAUAUUGUGAGGGAUAUCACACUCCUUGCAAAUGUCAAAAAUGUUUUGUUUUGUGUUACCUGAUGGUUGGAGGGGUUGCAAUAAGCUUGGUACAUUUAUGUUGGAAAUGUAAAUUGAUGCAAGGUUUUUGGAAUUUAAUUUUGACAGAAAUGAUUAAUAUUACUAACAAAACUAUUGUUGUCCAAAAGUAACAUUACUGAAUAUUUUUUAUGAUACUGAUGUAGAUAUAUUGUCAAAAGAAUUGGUCUUAUAUGUUGUUGGCAGCUCGAAUAAUAAUUGCAACUCAACGGAAAACAGUCCCAAACCUUACACUGGAUUCUGUUAUCACUCAUUCUGGAAUGUGGCCAUAAUGGAGGAAAUUAUCCAUCACUUCAGAUUUCAGCAGGGAAUAGAACCUCCAGACACUUUUAAUAUGAUUUUGCCUUCUAUACAGUAAAAACAUGGUUUUCAAGAUGACCCUCGUCACAAACCCGGCAAAUCUGGAACUAGAUUGAUAACACUAAUAGUUUUCACUUAGACUCUGUUAUCUUAACCCAGAAUGUGCAACUGUCCUCAUUCUACAUAUCUAUUAUAUAGUUUUGUUCUCCAUGUGUUAAUUUUCACAUGUUGUUACAAUUGCUCUGUCUGUUUUAUAUACACGUAAGAC